GGACUAUUUGACUGUCAUGAGAAUCAGACAAAUGCUGUUAUGACAUCAUUUUUCCCGUGUGUAACAUUUGGGCAGACAGCAGAAAUAUUAGAUGGCGGAGAACUUAGUUGUCAUCUGGGGAGCUUCAUUUACCUAUUAAUGAUGCCUGCUUUGUGCUCUCAAUGGAUAAUGGGGUCAAAGUACAGAACAAAGUUGAGAAAGAGGUAUAAUUUGGUUGAAGCACCAUACACAGACAUAGUCUCUCACAUAUUUUGUCCAUGUUGUUCCCUUUGUCAAGAGUUCAGAGAGCUAAAAAUCAGAGGACUUGACCCUGCUCUUGGAUGGAAUGGAAUUCUUGCACAAAAGCAUGCAAAACAGCAAAGUGAUCAAACACUGAACAAUCCUCCUUCAAACCAAUUCAUGUCCAAGUGAACACAUUCACGGUGGAGCUGUUAAAAUUAAACUGAGUUGUAAUUCUUUUGAUUCGUUCUGUGCUUGUUUACUUUUUCAUGUCUGAUACUUGUGUCUGAAUUCUAAGAAAGAAAAUAAAGCCGAAAGGUGGCAAGUUUGGUAUGAUAAGUAUAUCACUGUAUAAAUUGUUGCAUCCAUUCUUACAUGGAGGAGAGUCUUACUGUAUAAAAUCUUUGGAAGAAUAUAAAGUAAUAUAAGAUUUGUACCUUUUACUAA